GCAGGCCCACCGCUCGACUAGCUCGGCGCUUCCUGGGCCUGCUCGGUGCUCGGCCGUCCGCCCUGCGUUGCCGCUGCUCCCUGCUGUUGCUCCGGCCGUCAUGUCGACCGCAAUGAACUUCGGGACCAAAAGCUUCCAGCCGCGGCCCCCAGACAAAGGAAGCUUCCCGCUGGACCACUUCGGUGAAUGUAAAAGCUUUAAAGAAAAAUUCAUGAAGUGUCUCCGCGACAAGAAUUUUGAAAAUGCUUUGUGCAGAAAUGAAUCUAAAGAGUAUUUGAUGUGCAGGAUGCAAAGGCGACUGAUGGCCCCGGAACCACUGGAAAAGCUGGGCUUUAGAGAUAUGAUGGAUGAGAAGCCAGAGGCCAAGGACGAAUGUUGAGAGGAGAGCUACGGAACCACGUCUCCAGAUGCCUGGAGCAGAGCCUUCUGUCCAUGGGGCCAGGAGACCUGAGACUCACCUGUGCUGCCCAGUGGAGGACGUCCCCAAGGGGACUUUAGAAAAUGGCUCAGCCCUGCAGCACACCCCAAAACGUCUCCUCAGCUGUCCUUGGUUGCCCUUCAGACAGUGGUUUUAUUCUUCCACGUGUAUGUCACAGGAUUCUCUCAGGGUCCAACACCGAUGUGCUAAGAUGUC